GCGUCGCGUUUCUGGAAAUUUGCAAAUACUAGCAGCCGCAAUAUUCAUGCAUGAUUUCCAAUAAUUUAGGGUCGUAAUGACACAAAGAGUCGUAAAUGAGGUUCGUGAUGGAACCCCCAAGACCACAAAGGUCGAAGAAAAGAAGCCAAAAGAGAAAAGGGAUAAAGAUGCUAUGCCAUCAAAAGUUGUCAUAAGACGAUUGCCACCAAGUCUCACACCUGAAGCCUUUCUAGAGCAGAUAUCUCCGAUACCAGAACAUGAUUACUUCUAUUAUUUCAAUGCUGAUAUGAGCCUUGGGACCAAUGCUUUCUGCAGAGCAUACAUUAACAUUACCAAACCAGAGGACAUCAUCAUAUUCAGAGAAAAGUUUGAUGGCUAUGUGUUUGUAGAUGCAAAAGGUAAUGAAUACCCUGCAAUUGUGGAGUUUGCGCCAUUUCAAAAGCUGCCAAAACACAAAGUGCCAAAGAAACCUGACUCUAAGAAAGGAACAAUAACAGAAGAUGCAGACUACAAACAGUUCCUUGAGGCUUAUGAAAACCCAUCUCCAGACAUGGGAACAACCAUUGAAGAAUCCCUUGAGGAAAUUGAGGCAAGGGACAAGGAAUUAAAAGCUAACAAGGGCAGAAUUGUUGAAAGUACCCCUCUACUGGAAUACAUCAAGAAGAAGAGAGAAGAUAGACGAGCUACAAUGCAGAGAAUAAGAGAGGAAAAGCGCAAGAAGGAACUUGAGAGGAAAAAACAGAAGGAAGAUGAGCGCAAGAGACGGAGAGACAGAGACCGCGAAAGAGACCGGGAUUGGGACAGAGAUAGUGAUAGAGAAAAGGGCAGAGAUCGGGAUAGUGAUAGAGACACAAGGAGAGAUCGAGAUAGCGAUAGAGACAAGGAUAAGAAAAGAGACCGGGAUAGGCAGAGAAAUAGAGAUAGGGACAGGGAAAGUGAGAAAAGUGGAGAUGAGGCACCAGUUAAGCUUCUACAGAAACGUGACCAGGAUAAAGAUAAGUCAGUUAAAAGUGAUUCGAAAGACAAUAAAGUUGAAAACUCAAAGGUGCAAGAAUCUGGUAAAGAUGACAAGUCGAAACUGAUGGUGAAAGAGGGCUCUAGGAAAGAUGAUAGGUCCCCAUCUAAAGAUACUAGCUUAAGGUUUUCCAAGGAGAAUAGGGAGAAAGAGAGAGCAGAAAGAAAAGAGAGAGAUCGCGGAGACAGAGGUGACCGAGAUCGGGAUAGAAAUGAUAGGGAUCGUUGGGGUAAAAGUGAUCGAGAUAGGGAUCGUGGGGAUAGAAAUGAUCGAGACAGGGACCGUAGUGGUAGAAGUGAUAGGGAUCGUAGUGGUAGAAGUGAUCAGGAUAGGGAUCGAGGAGGUAGAAGUGAUAGGGAUCGAACAGACAGGGAUCGAACAGAUAGGGAUCAAGGAGACAAGAAAAGUAUGAGGAGUGACAGGGAUAAAGGGGAACGAAAUGAUAGAUCAAGAAAUGACAGAGGAGAAAGACCUGAAAGGGACAAAAGAGAAAAGUCUGACAGAGUUGAUCGAAAUAAAGACAGAGAGGAAAGGUCUGAUCGAAACAGAAAUGAUCGAGAUCGACGUGAUAGGGAUUAUGACCGAAAUGAACGUGAUAAGCGGGAUCGACUCGACAAAGAGAGAAAGGAGAGAAAUGAACGAGACAGAGGCGGUAGUGGUAAUACUGAACGUGAUAAAAGAGAAAUGGAAAAUGAUGAUAAACAGUCUGAUAAAAGAAACACAAGGGUCAAGCAAGGUGAGAAAGAAGACAGGAGAUAUUCUGCACAGAGAGAUAGAGACAGACGUGACAGAAAAUCUCAAAAUCAAAAAGAUACAAAAUUUGACAGUGGGAAAGGUGCAAAAGAUGCCGACAGAGAUAGGGGAAAUGACAAAAAUAGGGAUACAUAUGGCAAAGAGUCUCAAGGCAAAGAUAGGGGCUAUGAUAAGGACAGUAAAAAAGACGCAACAAAAUCAGAGGGUGGUGAAAAGAGAGCUGUUAAAUCAGAGGGAGGUGAAAAGAAUAGCAGUAAAUUGGAGGGAAUAAGCAGAGCAAGCAAAGACACAAGCAAAUCUGAGUCAUCUGAUAAAAAGUCAACAGUACAGUCAGACACUGAAUCGAUUAAAUCAAAUAAUUCGUCGCUAUCAGGAUCUGAAAGAGAGGCCAAACGGGAUGCAGAUAGUGCAAAGGAUGAUGGAACCCACUCAAGAAAAACACGUUAUAAGGAUAGGCCUGAGAGGGCUGUCUAUGUGCCAGGUGCAUUACGGAGACAAAAAGAAAAGACUGAAGGUCACGGUGACUCUAAAGGUCGUGCUGACCCAAAAGGUCAAGGUGACAAUAAAGGUCAAACAAGAGACAAAAAGCACCCAGAUGAUGCUCCAAAUAAAAAUGAAAGUUGAUGAUUUUAAAGCAUUAAGAACUAUUUAUAAAAUUUAAAACAGUAAUUGGUCACUUUUUUAAUAUUAUGAAGGAAUGAAUUUGCAAAAUUGUUAACUACAUAACUU